CUGACACCAUCGCUGCUGAUUAAUUCCCUAAACCUUCGCACAUACCUACAACCUACAACACUCCCUAUAAAGCCAGCCAUGGCCGCAGACUCAGCAAUGGUGUCCUCUUUCCUUUUAGCUAACCUAUCUAUUGGCAACCCACAUCAGUCCCCAAGCUACUAAACCAGUAUGACAUCCAUACUUGCAGGUUCCAUGCCCUGGCAUGAGGGUGAGCAGAAAAUGCAUAACCUGCUUCACGUUCCCCCACGGGACAACCCCACAGUUCCAACCCUCACCUAUAAUGCUGGCUAUCUGAUGCCCCGCGCUCCACUGUUGGCUAUUGGGACAAUUGAUCCGGAAGGACGCCCCUGGACAAGCAUCUGGGGCGGCGAAAAAGGAUUCGCUAGGCCUACUUCACAAAACACGGUCGAACUGACUACACCGGUCGACAGGAGACAUGACCCCGUCGCUGGAAUACUGCUGGGUCCACCGGAAGGCGACUUGGCCGAUUCCACGCGCGACGGAAAACUGAUGUCUGGGUUAGUCUUCGACUUGGAAAAUCGUAAGAGAGUGAAGCUUCACGGAAGGACGAUUGCGGGGUCGUUGGAAAGUCCCAGCGCAGUGUCAGGUUGGGACCAGGUGGGAUUCGCCCACCUGACGUUGCACAUUGAUGCAAGUCUCGGAAAUUGUCCGAAGUAUAUGAAUAAGAAGCAGAUUAUCCCUGCCCUUCCGAAUCCGAAGCUAGUGUCAAACUCGCCUCAACUGACCCCGACGGCUGUAGACCUUCUCAAUCGUGCUGACUGCCUGUUUGUCUCCUCGGCUCAUGGUACCAUUGACAUGGACACAAACAUCCGUGGAGGGCCCCCUGGAUUUGUGCGACUGGUUUCUAACGAGCCACGUGGGGCAGUGUUUGCUUAUCCAGAAUACUCAGGUAAUCGACUAUACCAGACUCUAGGCAAUCUACAGACCAAUCCUCGGUCAGGAUACGUCUUCCCGGACUUUGAGACGGGAAACGCGCUAUACGUCACCAGGGAAGCAAGGAUUCUAGUAGGCAGAGAUGCAGAACGGGUGCUUCCGCGGUCAAAUCUAGCAAUCGUGGUCACUGUCACAGCUGCGCGAUACGUGGAAAAGUCCCUCUCCUUCCGAGGCAUCGCGGGGGAGCCGUCUCCAUACAAUCCUCCGGUGCGAUAUCUGGCGACAGAAAAGGUCAGCGCGGCCGACUUGAAGGAAGAUAGCUCUAUCACAGCAACUCUUAUCCGGAAAGAGAUUCUCACUCCAGCCAUUGCUCGUUUCCGAUUCCGUGUCUCCGAUCCCGUCAAACUUGGGAAGUGGAUUCCCGGGCAGUACGCGACGUUCUCGUUCUGGGACGAGCUGAAUCUCGGCUACAGCCACAUGCGAGAUGAUGACCCGACUAGCCUCAAUGACGAUUAUGUCAGGACGUUCACUAUCUCAUCUUAUCCUGGCGAGGGCAUUUCUGCAUCGGAGUUCGAAAUAACAGCCAGGAAACACGGUAAUGUGACUCGCUAUCUUUGGGGGGUGAACGAACGAGCUGGCCUUGAGAUUCCCCUCAAAGGGAUCGGGGGAGAGUUCCAGAUGAAAUCAGCGGGAGAGGAGAUCUUACCUUUUAUAGCAGGCGGCAUCGGGAUAACGCCUGUGCUUGCCCAGCUUUCCGGUCUAGAUGUCAGUCGGCUGCGGCUACUGUGGUCUAUAUCGAUCAGCGACGUGGGUUUGGUAUGGGAUACCUUUAAGCGGUUUCCGGCUUUGCCCAGAUCGACGUCUUUGUUUCUGACCGGGUCUGAUCCGGAGGACGAACUCACCAAGCGGCAGUAUGAGGCUGUCAUCUCCUCUGGAGCACAGAGUUCACGACGCAGAAUAGACGCAGAGGAUUUGGAUCGGUCAUUGGCCAAGACAUGGUAUUUCUGCGGCAGUCCGGGUUUGAAAAGCUCGGUGUUGAAAUGGCUCACUGGUAAGAACGUAGUAUUUGAGGACUUCAACUACUAACGCAAUUAUACUACAAUCAGCUUACUUACAUGUCACAUUUAAUGGUUUGCAUGAUGUACACAUCUCAU